UGGUUGCCCUUCCAUACAUUUGUUCUGCUGGAGCUAAACCAUAAUCACUAUAACAUUGAGUUUUUAAAAGCUGGGUUAACAUUGGGCACCAGUUUUGCCAGUGCUAAUAGUUUUUUGAACCCUAUUCUGUAUGUUUUCAUGGGUAAAGACUUCAAGCAUAAGUUCAAGAGCUCUUUGUUGUCAAAAAUAGAGAACGCAAUGGGUGAGGAAGUUCGUACGACCAGCUGUUACUUUUCCAGGUCCAGUUCAAUGGAUGGCAGAGCCUCCGCCCACCUCUGAGGCAAGAGGCUGAGGACUAUUUACAGGGGGCAGUCAUGCUCCAUGCUGAUGCAUUGACGCCUCUCAAGAUGUGGUUUCACUGCAUCAAAGGCACAUGCAGACAGACUCAGUCCAUCUGAAUUGAAAAUGCAUUUUCACACUCAAGGCAGAAAAGGCCAUGGAAUUAAAUGACUUGUUUAGUACAAUAGGGAACAUAGACCUAAGACAAGUAGGAAAAAAGUUUUUAACUUUCACCAUGCAUUCAAUUCCUUACCCUAAAUCACUAUAUCAAUUUGUGUUUUUCAUGCAAAAGGUCUGCAUUUCCUGCAAGUCACUGUUUGACAGCAUAUGGGGGGAAAAAAAAUUAUAACGCACUUUGUUUUGUUAUUGUCACUUUCUGUUUACAGUUCACAUUUAUAUUGAGACACAAAGUUAUUGCAGAUUUCAUCUAGAGUCACAGAAUGGUACAAAAAGCUAAAUAUUUGACUGGCAGUAUACUAUAACCAGGUUGGUUGUUUUUACUGUUCUUUAAUUGUAAUAUGUAGGAUUACACAGCAUUUAAAAAUAUUACUACAAUACACUUACAGACAGCUGCCUUUAAAGUAUUAAUCCCAGAAAAUCACCAAAAAGGUUGUUUCUCUAUAUUAUAAAUACCAUAAAUGCAGUUAAGUUUCUUGUUAAAUUUACUAUUAAAUAUGUAAGAUCUGUAUAAGCACAAAUAAAUAGUGCUUCAGUAGUGUACAAGUUAUAUGUUGCAUUAACAUGACUCUGUUUGUCUAGUAACCCUGAAUCUUAAAACUAACUAAAAAAGUAACCCAAGCUUGGUUUUCACUUUCAAGAAUGUUCCUCAUAAAACUCAUGCGAACCGGAAAUGCAAUGUGUUAAAUGUUUAAGAGAACAAACACUUUGUGCAUGUACUGUGACUGACAGCCAGUAUCAAGUCGCUGAAAAGUGCUCUUUGAAAGAAUGUCAGCAGAAAAUAAUUAUUCAUAUGACUAUGAUUAUAAUGAUACUGCUUCCAUAGGACCGAAGACAGGUGGCCAGGAUGAUUCCUGGAUUUGGGACCGUGUGGUCCUGGUAGUAGUCAAUUUUGUCAUUUUUGUUGUUGGGGUUUGGGGGAAUAGCGUAGUUAUUUGGAUAAUAGGUCUCAAGAUGAAGAAAACCGUCAACUUGACAUGGUAUCUCAGCCUGGCGAUCUCCGACUUCCUGUUCUGCCUUUUCCUCCCUAUAAAUGCUGCAUAUAUAUUCACCGAAAACUGGAUCUUUGGACUCUCCAUGUGCAAGUUCAUCUCCUUUGUAAUGUUCCUCAACAUGUUCAGCAGCAUCUUCCUGCUGGUCAUCAUCAGUAUUGACCGCUUUGUCUCUGUGGUGUUCCCGGUCUGGGCACAGAACAAACGCACAGUGGAGAAGGCAUCCAUCGUCAUCAUCCUGGCCUGGACUGUCUCCAUUGCUCUAAGUUUUCCUUCAACAGUUUUCCGGAACAUCAGCCUGGAAGGGAACAAAACAAAGUGCCACAAUAAUUAUGAGCCACCCUCUAGCCACUUGGCUGUUGUCCUCAGUCGAUUUGUGUGUGGGUUUGUUGUUCCUUUUUUAAUCAUUAUCUCUUGCUAUUCUGUCAUCAUCUGUAGAAUAAGCAGCAACCGAGUAACUAAGUCCUCCAAACCAUUCAAGGUCAUGACUGCUCUGAUAGGUGCUUUCUUCAUUUGCUGGCUGCCCUAUCAUAUUGUUGUACUGAUGGAAUUAACCCCUAAAUAUCAGGAGUCACUUGGUACCUACAUACAGGUGUUUGUUACUCUUGCUAGUAUAAAUAGCAUCCUAAAUCCAUUCUUGUAUGCAUUUAUGGGUGAAGACUUUAAAAACAAAUUCUGGCGCUCUCUGCUACGCAAAAUUGAAAAUGCACUUGGGGAGGAAACACAUACCACAAACAGAUGGGUCUCUGGUUCUAGUACAGUAGAAGUUUCCAAUGCACGAGUGUCAACACACAUGUAAAAAAUAAAUGUUUGCAAAAAUUUUACUAUGCUAAAUAAAAUGGCCUUGUAAUGAGGAAAUGUUUUUCUUAA